AGACACACUUUCCAACAUGGCUGCGUCAAGCAACGCAGAGCAAACGCAGUUGCAGGACAUGGAGGAGGAAGAUGCGGGGAUGGAGGAGAGAGAGAUGGAGUCGGACGGAGAGGAGGAGGAGGAGGGCAUGGGGGUAGAAGAUUCAGACGACGAGGAGGACGAUUCGUCCGAGGACGAGAAAGAAAACGAAGCCGAAAUCCAGCGUUUGGAGGAGCAGCUGUCGAUCAAUGCUUUCGACUACAACUGCCAUGUGGAUCUUAUCAAGCUACUUAAGCAGGAGGGAGAACUUUUCCGUCUGCGAAAGGCAAGGCAGAAGAUGAGUGAACUUUUCCCUCUCACUGAAGAGAUCUGGCUUGACUGGCUCAAGGAUGAGAUCCGUCUGACUGAGGAGGAGCCAAACCGAGAGAAAGUAUAUGAGCUGUUUGAGAGAGCUGUGAAUGACUAUAUCUGUCCAGAUAUCUGGCUGGAGUACGCCCAGUACUCUAUUGGUGGCAUGGGCUCACCAGGUGGGAUAGACAGAGUGAGAGCCAUCUUUGAGAGAGCUGUGACAGCUGUGGGGCUUCACAUGACCAAGGGACAGACGGUGUGGGAGGCAUACAGGGAGUUUGAGAACGCCAUUCUGUCCACAGUGCAGCCACCUCCUGGCAGGAUUCCCAGCCACGAGGAGCAAAAGCUGCUGAACACUCAGCUAGAGCGAAUCCAUACACUGUUCCGCCGCCAGCUGGCUGUCCCCUUAAUGGACAUGGAAGCCACAUAUGCAGAGUAUGAGGAGUGGUCUGAACAUGGGGUUCCUGAGACAGUCAUACACCAGUACAAGAAGGCUUUACAGCAGAUGGAGAAAUGCAAAUCUUUUGAAGAGUCACUGAUGGUGGCAGAACCUCCUAAGUUGGCCGAAUAUCAGGGCUACAUUGACUUUGAGCUAAAGGAGGGCGACCCUGCACGGAUCCAGAUAACCUUUGAGCGGACUCUGGCGGAGAACUGUCUGGUACCAGAUAUGUGGGCAAAAUACACAACCUACCUUGAUCGUCAGCUGAAGAUUAAAGAUUUGGUUCUCUCCACUCAUGAACGUGCUGUCAGGAACUGCCCCUGGACCAUGGGUCUGUGGAAGAGCUACCUGUUAGCUCUGGAGAGACAUGGAGCUGACCAUCAGACUGUAUCAGAUGUUUUUGAGAAGGCGCUGAAUGCUGGUUUCAUUCAAGCAACAGAUUAUGUGGAAAUUUGGCAGGCAUACCUUGAUUACUUGAGGAGACGUGUGGAUUUCAGUAGAGAAUCAAGUAAAGAGUUAGAAGAGUUGCGAGGAGCCUUCUCUCGAUCUCUAGACUACAUGAAGCAAGACGUUGAAGAAAGGUUUGGCGAAAGUGGAGAUCCUUCUUGUAUCAUAAUGCAGAUCUGGGCAAGGAUAGAGGCUCUCCACUGCAAGAACAUGCAAAAAGCCAGAGAACUGUGGGAUAAUAUCAUGACAAAAGGGAACGCCAAAUUUGCCAACAUGUGGCUGGAGUACUAUAACCUUGAAAGGUCUUACGGAGACCCUAUUCAUUGUCGAAAAGCUCUCCACAGAGCAGUUCAGUGCACCUCAGACUACCCAGAGCAUGUUUGUGAAGUCCUGCUCACCUUUGAGAGAGUGGAAGGUUCUCUGGAGGACUGGGACGUGGCAGUGCAGAAGACAGAGACCCGGCUGAACAGGAUUAAUGAGCAACGAGCAAAAGCGGCAGAGAAAGAAGCCAACCUGGCUCGCCAAGAGGAGGAGAGAGCUGAGCAGCGGCGGAAAGCCAAGUCAGAGAAGAAGACCCAGAAGAAGUUCCAGAAGGGAACUCGAACUGGAGAGAAGAGAAAAGCAGAACAGGAUGAUUAUCAGGAUGAAUGGAAUGAAGACUCCGCUCCGAAAAGGCACAGAGGAAACGGUGAUCACACCACAGAUGAGUACAUGGAGACAGAGACUGGACUUUUUGGGAGAAACGCUCCACCUGGAUAUAAGCCUGGUCCACCUGGCAACAAAAAAGUGCAGCAAGCAGCGGCAGCUACUCCCCAGAGACAGAAGGAUGAUAAUCCAGAGCUUCGAAAUGACAAUACCAGUGUGUUCAUCAGCAACCUGGCUUACACCCUGGAGGAGCCAGAGUCAAAGCUCAGGACGCUGUUUGAGACCUGUGGUCCAAUCACACAGAUUCGCCCGGUCUUCAGCAAUAAGGGAACCUUCAAAGGCUACUGCUAUGUACAGUUUGAAUCGCCGGUGUCGGUCCCUGAAGCUCUGAAGCUGGACAGACGGGAGGUGGAGGGCAGGCCCAUGUUUGUGUCACCUUGUGUAGACAAAAACAAAAAUCCUGACUUUAAGGUGUUUAAAUACAACACGUCAAUGGAGAAACACAAAAUCUUCAUCUCUGGACUGCCAUUCUCAUGCACUAAAGAGCAGCUGGAGGAACUCUGCAAAAGCCAUGGCACCAUCAAAGAGGUUCGUCUGGUCACGUAUCGCUCAGGAAAACCCAAGGGUCUGGCAUAUGUUGAGUUUGCAGAUGAAACCCAGGCCUCUCAGGCAGUGCUGAGAAUGGACGGCAUGGAUGUGGAAGGCAACAAGAUCUCUGUUGCUAUUAGCAACCCUCCUCGCAGAAACAUGAUGGAUAAACCUGGUACCAGCAGGCCUAUGAGCGACAUGAUGCCUCGCCAGGUCUAUGGAUCAAGAGGCAGAGGACGCACCGGGCUCUCUUUACUCCCUCGUUCCCUGCACCGACAAAGUGCGCCUGUAAGCAAAGUUGAGAACGGGACUGCAGCUGAGCAAGUGACGGCCAGCAGCGCAGCGAAUGCAGCCGGAGAGCCUAAACCUUUGUCAAAUUCAGACUUUGCCAGGAUGCUUCUCAACAAGUGAGGAGACGAGCAAGAGGAUUAUGACCGCCUUCAUACUGAAAGCCAUCUUGUGUCCUUACAAAUUAGUGUUGGUGAUUCUUCUGUACUUGGUUACCUGAUGUCCCUUUAAUCUCAGUCAUGCUCUUCAUCGUCCGUUCUGCGAGAUUUGCCUUAAUCGCUGUGCUCCUGCCCUCCCAAUUACAAACCCUUUCCAACCCCAGUUUUUCACCAGUGAGCCAGAUUGUUUUUGUUGGGUGUGUUUGAAGGUGGCUGCCAGGAUAUUUUAUAUUUUAAAAAAAAAAAAACAAGUGUAUCAUAUUUGUGUGUAAAUAUACUGUAUCUAAAAUUGUAAGCCUCAUGUUGCAAAGUCUCCUGUUUUUUUUUUUUUGUUGUUGUGCUUCGUUAAAGGGAUCUGACAGAAGUAUAUGUGAGAGUAUUUUUUUAAAUGUUCAAAGCAGCCAAACUUGUGAAUGUUGUUUUAAGAGGGUAUAUAUGCAGAAAGUUCAGAUAUGGUGUAGUAGUUGGUGUGUGUACAUAUGUUGGAUGUGCUAGUGAUGAAAAGACAUUCUCCAGAUAUUUUUAGGGAGAUGAGGACUUUUUUUGUCUAACUUAUUUUGACCUCUGAGGACACAGCGAACAAGAUGAGCUGCUUUUUUUCCUGACUGUAUAGUAACUAAUCCAUAAAUUUUGCAUCUCUGAGUUACCAUCUGCUAUUAAUCUUCAUAUCAGUUAACCAGCUUAUACUUUGGAAGUUUUAUAUUGCAGUAUAAAAGCUGCCGUCUUGUCAUGUCACUGCUCAUGCUUCAGUUACAGUGUUUACAGAUCUGUUCUAAUUAUACCGUCUUAUGAUUUAUCUGAUUUCGUGCAUCACUUGUAACUGUUACCAUGACCUGUCUGUUUAGGCGAAGAACAUCCGUAAGGAAAUUAGUCAUGUUUUAAGCAUCAGUCUGAUUCACAUGCUGCUGACUGAAAAGACAUUUAAAGGGAAAUGCUGCAGAAAUGCAUCUUAUUGGUUGCUUUGGUGGCUGGAAAGACACAUAAGACUCAUGUCUGCAUUCUGGUUUGGUUUACGACAAAGGCUAUAAGUGUCUUGAGCUCUCAAUUAACAGAAAUUAGAGGAAAACAUUCUUGCAUAUUGUAUUUUUAGUGUCUCAAAUGAGAGAAUAGAUUCGUUUUCUUACAUUAUUGAAAGUAUUUUGUUUUUAAACUAUUCAUACAACAAAACAAUGACAAGCAGUCUUCUAAUUCUCAAGAAAACCAUUGAGAAAAUAAUUAAAAAAAAUACAACCUAGUUAUUACCUGCAGCCCUGCAAUAGUCCACUACCAUAAGUGAAAACAUUAUAUUAAGGUGUCAAAGAUAGAACACAAUUGUAAGUGCACUGUAAACUAAUCCAUGGAUUAAUAUCUUAAUCUUAAUAACUGUGUUUUAGACCUUGGUUUCUUCAUGCAGUUAGUUUCACCCCUUUACUGAACUUGUGUUAGAUGCUCUUCUCUGUAUUCUACUAAAAGGCUUAUAUAGAGAUACUUAGAUAUGUCAUCUACACAUAUUAUUUAGGUCCACAGCUCCUUCGACACAAUACGUAGAAGAGAAUCUAUGCAGUCUACCCACAGGUUGUCCAUCAGUCCAGUUGUCUUGUUUGAGUAUUAUUGAUUCUGUUAGUGUACAUAAUGUUCAGUAUACAAAAUUUCAAAAAGGUCACCAUAGUUUGUAAUAAAUAUAAAUUUUCAAAAUGGAUGAAAUACAAGCUGUAUGUACUGCUCUCACCACAGUGGCCUAAUGUUAAAAAGAAAAAAAAAUCUAAAUAUGUUGGUCAGUAGAAGUCACCUUCUGUUUAGUGUCCAAUAAUAAGAAGUUAUAUUGUGCGCAUUGCUGUUGUUUUGUAUAAUUUCUAUAGUCGAUAUUUAAAAUCUAGAGGUAAAUAAUAAAAGGCUAUUUUUUUUUCAACUGUAGUAUUUAUUUUCCUGUGUUUUUGAUUAUCUACCCUUUUCUACCCUCGUGUUUUUGGGUCCUGUAAAAAAAAUAAAGUCAUGUCAUGUUUUUGCUUUGUUACCUGGUCUAAAACUUGUUUUAAUAAAGUCAUGUAAAUCAUCUUUGAUCCCAAAA